AUCCUUCUCUCUCAUCUUCCCAUUUUCAAAUCCAUUUUCUCUCUCUAACUUCAUCUUCUCAAAAUGCGUGAAAUUCUUCACAUCCAAGGCGGUCAAUGUGGAAACCAGAUCGGAGCUAAGUUUUGGGAAGUCGUUUGCGCCGAACACGGCAUAGACUCAACCGGAAAGUACAGCGGCAACUUGGAUCUUCAGCUAGAACGAGUCAAUGUCUACUUCAAUGAAGCUAGCUGUGGUCGAUUCGUUCCUCGAGCCGUACUCAUGGAUCUCGAACCAGGAACUAUGGAUAGUGUUAGAUCUGGUCCUUAUGGACAGAUCUUCCGUCCUGAUAACUUCGUUUUUGGUCAAUCUGGCGCCGGUAAUAAUUGGGCGAAAGGUCAUUAUACUGAAGGCGCGGAGCUAAUUGAUUCUGUUCUUGAUGUUGUUAGGAAGGAAGCGGAGAACUGUGAUUGUCUUCAAGGGUUUCAGGUUUGUCAUUCAUUAGGAGGAGGUACUGGAUCUGGUAUGGGAACGCUUUUGAUAUCGAAGAUUAGAGAAGAGUAUCCAGAUAGGAUGUUGAUGACCUUCUCUGUCUUUCCUUCGCCGAAGGUUUCUGAUACUGUGGUGGAACCCUAUAACGCAACUCUUUCUGUUCAUCAGCUUGUUGAGAAUGCUGAUGAAUGUAUGGUUCUUGAUAAUGAAGCUCUUUACGAUAUCUGUUUUCGUACUCUCAAGCUCACUACACCCAGCUUUGGAGAUUUGAACCAUUUGAUCUCUGCUACAAUGAGUGGAGUCACCUGCUGUCUUCGAUUUCCCGGACAAUUGAACUCAGAUCUACGCAAGCUAGCAGUUAACCUAAUCCCAUUCCCAAGGCUCCACUUCUUCAUGGUCGGUUUCGCGCCACUAACAUCGCGUGGAUCUCAGCAAUAUCGAUCCCUAACCGUCCCUGAACUCACACAACAGAUGUGGGAUUCGAAAAACAUGAUGUGUGCAGCAGAUCCACGCCAUGGGCGAUACCUAACAGCAUCAGCAAUGUUCAGAGGGAAAAUGAGUACAAAGGAAGUAGAUGAACAAAUGAUAAACGUCCAGAAUAAGAAUUCAUCUUACUUUGUUGAAUGGAUACCUAACAAUGUGAAAUCAACUGUCUGUGAUAUUCCACCAAUUGGGUUGAAAAUGGCUUCGACAUUCAUUGGUAAUUCGACAUCUAUUCAGGAAAUGUUUCGUAGGGUUAGCGAGCAAUUUACUGCUAUGUUUCGUAGGAAGGCUUUCUUACAUUGGUAUACUGGAGAAGGGAUGGAUGAAAUGGAGUUUACUGAAGCUGAAAGUAAUAUGAAUGAUUUGGUGUCUGAGUAUCAACAGUAUCAGGACGCAACUGCUGAUGAAGAAGGGGAAUAUGAGGAGGAAGAAGAUGAAGAUGCUUAUGCAGAUUGAGGGAGAUGGAUUUAGGGUUUGUUGGUAAGUACUAGAUUUGUAUGUUGUUCUUUUAAAUUUGCAGGUUUUAAUGUUUUGUUAUGUUGGAAAUACUGAUUCCUAUCUGGAUAUUUGCUAUUUUGUUCUUCAAAAUGCAUGGUUUAGAACUUUACUCCUUUUUCAAA